AUGAUUUUCACAAGUUGGGCAAAGCUUUCUCGAAAUUAUUCAACUGCAUCGCUGAAUCGAAGCAAUACACGCUGCAUGUUAUGCCCUCGCGAUUUCCCUGGUUACUCUGCUAAAAUUGACAAUAUGUAUGUGAGGCAUUCUUCAGAAGAAUGCAGCCGAGAAAAUACUCACCCACCUCCUUUAGCAAGUAACGGCAUUAUGGAUCUUCAAUUUUAUGCAAACAAAGAUGGUAAGAGUUACACCAAAUUAGAGGUGUUCAGUGCUUACUUAUGGAAGCUAACGAUAUGCACCCAGAAGGUGAAGGACACCAUGAAUUAUAAAAUAGGAAUAGUUGUAGAUGGCUGCCAACGCUUAAGGGAGAUUGGGAUUUCUGCUAAUUACUUUGGCAAUGUUCUUAUCUUGCCCUUUAUUGAGUCUAAUGCUUGUUAUAUAAAAAGCAAACCGCUUUGUUGGAGUGCAGGGUUAAUUCAUGAUGCCAUAAAGAGUGCAGCGAAUGAGGAGGACAUUCAAAGCUUAAUUGACUUCGUGGAGACUACAAAGCCAACACCUGUCUUAGCCAAGAUUUAG